ACACUCAGCAGUGAUCACUUGUAAGAACAAAUUCUGGUUGGUAAAGAAGAGGAAAGUCAAGGUAGAUACUGAUGUAUGUACCUGUGACCGAGUAAGUGGAGAACCUACACUGACACUAUUUUGAAACUGCAACAGGAAGCAAGUUUGAAUGUAGUAACACAACCAACAAAACUGAAGGAGAGUUCAUCCUGUGGACGAUAAAUAAGAAGUAAGUGAGUUAUUUGUACGGGAUUAUACAAACAACAACAAGGAAACAUUCUGGUGGAUGGAAGCCAUGUUCCCUGAGACAGGUGGAUAUAAAAGACCCACAGAGGACAACUUGGUAGAAGGAAAUCUUCCUUUUCCAACAAAAAUCUACCUGAUCACUGUCCCCAUGUCUUGCUGUGAGUCUUGUCUCCAAGGAUGCUGCAGCGUCCCCACUGGCCCUGCCGCCACCAUCUGCUCCUCUGACCUAUGCUGUCAAUGUGGAGUCUGCCUGCCCAGAACCUGUCCUCACGAGAUCAGCCUCCUCCAGCCCACUUGCUGCGACACCUGCCCCCCAGCCUGCUGCGUGCCUGACUCCUACGUGCCAUCAUGUUGGCUGCUCAACAGCUACCACCCUACUCCAAACCUGAGCGGAAUCUCUGUCACAACCUGCGUCCAGCCCUGUGAGUGUGAAGCACCUUGCUGCUAGCCAAAGCUGUUUCAAAGAGCUUGCCCAGAUUGCUCUAAGGGACUGCAAUAGUCAUUAAGGGCUGCUCCGCAAAUGGCCUGUAAUUAGACACCCUGGAAGACAAUGUUCUGACCCUGUGCCUCCAGUUUUGCAGAAGUGUUCCUUCUAUGUUUUGAACGAUGAUUUCAAAUGAGAAGUGGAAAAAAUGCUACCAUGGACCUCCUUAUUUUAAAACUAA